UUCCCCGCAGACCCGCCCGCAGCUGAAUGAGCGCGUGAGUGCGUGUGAGCGCUAUUCAGCUCUCAGGGCCGAACAGUGUGGUGUCAGCGCAUCCGGACACAGGACAGCCAUGGCCCUGCUCGAUCUCGCUCUGCAAGGCUUCUCCAUCUUCGGAUUAGUGUUGUUUAUCGUCCUCUGGUUCAUGCACAUCGUCUCCAUCAUCUACGUCCGACUGCAUCUCAACAAGAAGGCCACAGACAAGCAGCCGUACUGUAAACUGGCCGGGGUCUCGCUGCUGAAGCCCCUCAAAGGUGUGGAUCCCAAUCUAAUAAACAACCUAGAGACGUUCUUCGAGCUGGAUUAUCCGAAGUAUGAAAUUUUACUCUGCGUCCAAGACCAUGAUGAUCCAGCCAUCGAUGUAUGCAAAAAGUUGCUGGGCAAAUAUCCGAACGUCGAUGCAAGGCUAUUCAUAGGAGGAAAGAAGGUGGGAAUCAACCCCAAAAUAAAUAACCUUAUGCCGGCUUACGAAGGAGCAAAGUAUGAACUCGUCUGGAUCUGUGACAGUGGUAUUCGGGUAAAGCCAGACACACUCACUGAUAUGGCCAGUCACAUGACCGAGAAGGUUGGAUUGGUUCAUGGACUGCCUUACGUAGCAGACAGACAAGGAUUCGCCGCUACAUUGGAGCAGGUGUAUUUUGGGACAUCGCAUCCACGUUCCUACAUCUCGGCAAAUGUGGCGGGAAUCAAAUGCGUCACGGGAAUGUCGUGUCUCAUGAGGAAGGACGUCCUGGAUCAGGCCGGCGGUCUGAUCGCCUUCGCACAGUACAUCGCUGAAGAUUAUUUCAUGGCCAAGGCCAUCGCAGACAGAGGAUGGAAAUUUUCCAUGGCAACACAGGUAGCCAUGCAGAAUUCGGGCUCGUACUCCAUUGCGCAAUUCCAGUCGCGCAUGAUCAGAUGGGCCAAGCUGAGAAUCAACAUGUUGCCGGGCACCAUCGUUGAGCCCAUCUCAGAGUGCUUUGUGGCAAGUCUCAUCAUUGGCUGGGCUGCCCAUCACGUUUUCCGAUGGGACAUCAUGGUCUUUUUUCUGUGCCAUUGCCUGGCCUGGUUCAUUUCAGAUUACAUUCAGCUCAGAGGAGUACAGGGCGGUCCUCCAUCUUUCUCCAAGCUGGACUACGCAGUAGCCUGGUUCAUCCGGGAGUCCAUGACGAUUCAGAUCUUUCUGUCCGCUCUUUGGGACCCCACGAUCAGCUGGAGGGCGGGCCGCUACCGGUUGCGUUGCGGAGGUACGGCCGAGGAAAUUUUGGAUGUUUAACCAGCACCGGGUGCCAAGGACUAAUGCGCCGGUUCUAACAAGAAAAAACACAGGACUGUGAAGACAUGAGUGCAGAUGGACAAUUGAACUGAAAACUGAGUUUUAUUCCAACUUCUGAUAGUUUUUAACCUGUGACUUUAGCAAGCUUGAAUAGAUAAUUUAUGUUCUGGGUGCUUAAGUUUUUCUUGUGAGGUCUUUAAACGGUUUGAGGCCUCGUUCUAGAUGAGCCAAAAGUUGUGAAGGGGUGCGGAAGAAAUAACAAUGGAAAUGGUACUCUGUGAUGUGGCCGCACUUUACCGCACUUCAACGGACAUCGCAAUUUUAACAAAAGUGCAUCUUUUUGUUUUUUGUUUUUAAAUGUCCUGGUAACACGUACAACCAUUUUAUUGUAUCAACGCUACAGCUUUUAACCAUAACAUUAGCACGAAAGUGUUUCUAAGUCACGUCAGGAGAAAAUCAAACGACUGAAACGUUUAAAAACGGCAAUGAAUCACUGGCUUAUCACAGUGUUUACUCACAUGUAAAGCACUCUUGCCAUAUUUUAUAAAUGCGUGGACUUUCGAAUGCUCAAAAAAGAUCCGUUCGGGUCCAUUUUAUGUUUACUUACAGAGCAAUACCUUAUAGGACGAGGUUGUCCGUGAGGGGGAACAGUGACAGCGGAUCGUGUACAGGAAUUGAUCUAUCCUUAAAUGUCACUAGGCUUGUAAAUGCUCAAGGAAAAGUAGAACAGUAUUGAAACACGAGGUAUAAAGAAUAAGUUUGAGCUUAAGUUACUAAUAUUUUCAGAUUUAAUCGACAAUUUUGUGCCAUCUGAGAAGUUAAUAUUUUCAUUGUACCUUUGGCAUCUUCAAUGCCAACACAAUAGGUCAUUACCUUACUUGUUCUUUCGUGUAAACGCGCUUGGCGCUCUCGUUCCAGGACCAGGGUUUGCUUAACACAUAUCAGGGCAUUUUUCCCGCACCGCUUUCGCUCUGUCAGUAUUUCCUGCAAUUUUUUUUUUUAAGUGCACAGAUUUGCAUAAUCACUAAAAUUGUCCAAACAUUUCAUUUCGCCAGUUUAACCCAUAACGCAAACGCUUGAACGUGUUUUUUUAUAAUUCGGCAUUAGUCGACUGACAUGAUGACUGAAAUGGCAGAUACAUGGUGACAAGUUUACAAUCUGAUUCAUUUCAAUCAAUCUGGUAUAGUGCGAUAUUCGAUCAUUUCCUUGUUCCUUAAAGUUUACGUAAAGUCAUUUAGCGUCGCAAACAGUCGAGCUACAUUCACAAAACGCUCUUCAUUCUCUUCACCUUUGUUUACCCCUCAGAGUCAUCAGUUUAAGAACUGCUUGCUUGGUUCCAAGAAGCUUGGGCUAUUGUUGACAAACCACUUUUUCUUCAUUCCUUCAACUCUCGCUACAGGUUUCGGAUUCAUGGCUUUAUCGUUAAGGACCCAUGCCAACAAUGGCAGUAUUGUUACAAAGAUCAUCCACUCCUUAACUCUCGUCGUGAUUCACAAACCACGGUGUGCGACUAUGAACAUGUUGGGUUGGCAUGAGCAAUGUGUUUGUCCCUUGAUUGCAUCAGAGUCGUUUUAUCCCAAUGCCAGAAUGUUUUUAUAAAAACCUUUUUUUAUUAUUCGAAUGAAUUUGUUUUUGUGAAAACUUUGGGCUUCACCAUUUAAAAAAUAAAGUUGCGUUUUGUGCACAAGGCCGGGAAAUAUAUACCAUUCGACUAACAGUUUGGGGAUAAAUCAUUUAGCAAUAAAAACGAGUAAUACUACAUUAAGGCUGUGAAUCAAAAGCUGUUAGCUUACGAACUCAUUUCUUUUUUUAGGUUCAGUACAAUAAACAUUUCAGAUUUUGUUUAUCGUUAAUAGCGGGCCUUGUUCGUAAAACACGAACUGGAGAAACAUUCGCAAAAUUUUCCGUAAGAAAUGUUUCGCAUUAAAUUAAAUAAUUGCGCACGUUUAUGCUUUGACUAAGGCAUAUGAAAUUCAUUGCAGCGAUUUACCCAAGAAAUGAUUUUUAUGUAAAAAUAUAAAUUUUUUGUUUUUUAUGAAUGAGGCCCAAAGUUUUGUUGCUUGCCAUCACUAAAUGUACUAUUUUACUGCAUUUACACACGCGACUACAUUUGGUUUUGUCUUUCUAUGGUUUAUCAGUACCUAUAGACCGCAAUAGAAAACAAAACCAAUUUGGUUAGAGAAGAGGAAGCCCGGACUUUUCGACAGUUCCUCUGCAUAUCCGCUGGUUCUUAUUUUGUGUUUGUACAAAGGUGUCAAUAAGAAACUUGUAAAUUGACCUCAUUUAUGAAAAGUCUACAAUGCACUGUAAAUUUCCUAUUUAGACUUUUCCUCUUUGCGGACCAUGCUGACUUCUGCUUAUGACCUUUAUUGAUAUUACAGUUCUCGAGGGAUUGUAUUAUCAAAACUGUGGGGAGUUAGACUUUUUUUCUAUACGUGUACAGCUGUAUCUUUGUCGAACGUGUUUUAUAGAUGGCUGGUGACCCACGUGGUGUCGUGUGAAGUAAGAGUGUGCCAAUUCUGCACAUUUUCAAACCCUGGACGCUUAAAUCCACCUUGUGAUGUGUAGGUGGGCGGCUCGUCAAGACGUUGAGCCAAAAAAGUUUUAAGUGUCACAUCAUAUGCUGUGUUUAAAAGAUUUACACAUUACAGUCUACUAAUGCGGCGUAUCCUCGCUCAUUUAUCAUGGCCAGGAGAAACUACUGCUACAUGUUUCCCAUACAGUCACCAGUCACAGCCGCCGAAAAAAAGUCUGGUUGUGAUCCACUGCUUAUGUUUUAUGUGCUGUAAAGAUUUUUUUUUAAAGAAAAUGUACAGUUUAUUUAUGAAGUUUGGUUGGAAACCAUUACAUACGCUGCGUUAUGUAGCUUAAUUUAUCAAGUGGUUGUUUUUAUCAACGAUUUUAGUUUCUAUUUCGGCAGUAGGAAGGAUGAAAAGACGUCAGUUUUGGGAUAUUUUGUGUUUAUUUUGUAGAUGUCGUGUAUGUACAAUGUUGAUGAAGAAUGCGUAACCACAGCUGGAAACUGUGUUACUACAGAUAAAUUAAAGCUUUAUCAAGCAAUUGAAAA